GAUGCAUAAUUAUUUUUGUUGUUUCUGUAGACAUCAAUAAUGACUGGCCAGACCUGUGGAGUGCUAAACAAACAGAAGACUUCAAAUCCAAGAACCCCUGGUUGGGAUCCAAAAACAAGAAAUUGGGAUGUCUGGUCUGUAGCAGUGUGAACUCCAUUGGGAUCGACAAGGAGCAAGGUGUAUCGCUCUCAAGAGAAUGGAUGAACUUUGAAAUUCAAGUGUCUGGCCAGGGAAGUAGAACAACAAGUUUGUCAGUCUUGAGAAAUAAGGUGAGGAAACAUGUGUUGUCCAAGGCCCACACUCAGGCUGUGAAGGUGGCAGAGCAACCGAAAGAAGCUGCCAUUGAGAAUGCAGUGGAGACUAUGACUGAGUCCUACAUGAAAGAAACUGAAGCUGUGUUUCGAACAGCCUACCAUCUGGCCAAAAAGAACCGACCCUUUUCUGACCAUGAGAGCCUCAUUGAGCUGCAGGAACUGAAUGGUGUAAAAAUGGGCUCAAUACUUCAUUCACGUUACAGUGCAACACAAAUAAUACAACAUGUUGCUAGUGAGAUGCAGAGCAAAAUCAUCAGUAGCAUUAUAGCAUCAUCCAGUAAGUUAGCUGUCCUAAUUGACAAGGCAUCUUCUUUAAGUCACAAAGCUGUCAUGACAGUUUCUAUUAAAGCAUCAAUUCAAGAAGAAAGCCCUGAGUUCAUAUUCCUGGAACUUGUUGAACUGGAAAAUCAGAGAGCAGAUGGCAUAGUACAGGCGUUACUCACCUGUUUAACUAAUGCUGGCUUUACAGAAAAGUGGCUUCAUGAAAACUGGGUAACAUUUGUAUCUGAUGGAGCCAGUGUCAUGCUAGGAAAGAAGUCAGGAGUAGCAACCAGACUGACUUCGAGAUUCCCAAAGCUUUUUGUAUGGCACUGCAUGAGGGCUGUCCUUCUGAUCUCAAACAUAUCAAACUUGAUGAUGAUUAAUAUCAACGGCCCACCAACUUCCAAGUUUGAUCCUAGAAAAUAUACAAGGACCUGGUUGAAGAGCCAUCGUGCUGCCUCUUCUGUGCGUUCUAGACAGUGCAGUGUGAAAGCUCCUGCAGAAAGCAAAUUUGUCUGGAAUAUACUGUAGUAUGAGCAAAGGUCAGAAACCCAGUGCUGGGUUGAGAGAGUAUAUCACUGUUGAUGUGUUGUUAAUGCAUAUAUUUUUGUUUAUUGUUAACUAAAUAUUGUUGUAACAUAUUAUUUUGUUGAAUGAUUUACCGGUAAAUGAACAUGUUCAAAACAAAGCAUUAAUUCAAAAAAUGAUGAUAUUCAAUAUUUGUAGCGAUAUUUAUAGAUAUCUAAUGAAGUAUUCUAUAAAAAUAGUGUUCAGCUAUUGAAAACCAAAUAAUUUCGAUUUUAUGACAGUGCACUUUUAAGUUUAUCUGAUUGGUUUUGAUGUUUGGAAGAGAAUGAUUUGUGUGUUUUAUUUAAGAUGAAAUAUGAA